AUGGCCCAAGUCACGCCGCAAGAAGCGAGCCGUAUCAUCUCGCACAUGAACGCCGACCACGCGCCGUCGUUGAGCCACUAUCUCGAGCGCUUUGCCCACGCGCCGGCCAGAGUCGCAGCGCUCGCACCGCGCAUCACCGAGUUCUCGACCGACGAGAUGGCCAUCGAGUAUGGGCCACAGGGCAAAAGGAGCACAUGGCAUUACACGUUCGAUCCUCCCAUGUACGCUGGCCAGGCGAGGAAGCGGCUCGAGGCCAUGCAUUCCGAAGCGCGCAAACAGCUCGGAUUGGUCAGUGUUCCACUCUCCAACAAGUCGCCGAACUCGAAUCGCCGAACGGCAGGCCGAAGUCGAGAUCGGACUCGAGGUAUCUAUCGUCUUGACAAGACGAGGAUCAACUGAUUAUCGUUCUUGCAUAAAUCUCAGAGUGACGUGACCAUCGACGACGUUCGACUUCCCACACUCACCCGUCAGUCCAAGCACACUCUCAAAGAAAUCUUGGGAGGAGAGAGACAGAGAAACCUAGAUCUGACGUGCUCCUUCUGCCCCCAUAUCGCUCCCACUGUACAGUCGUCAUCACGCUCGUCUUCACCUUGAUGCAAAUAUUUGUCCUCUUGGCCCCCAACACGACCGUCAUUAACUUCCUCCCCUGGCUCAAACCACUCGUCGUGCGUGGGUUGAACGCCCUCGACUGCGUCCCGACGGCCGACCGCGUCGCCUUGGGCAUCAAACUCGCCUUGCUCGGUCCCUUGUUCGGAGUCAGUCCAACACGACAUUAGCGACGAUCAAAAGAUGAAAGGAUCGGAUCGCUCAUGGAGAUCUUCCUUGCAUACGCAGGCCCAUACGCUCGAGAUCUUCUUCUCGCUCAACCCUUUGCUCAAGCGCUACAACGUCGAGAGCCCGACCGCUCGAGCGCUCUAUGUAGGUCCACGCUCUUCUCCCGGAAACUCACCGCAAUAUCUCGAUUAUCCUCUGAUUUAUAUCUCGUUUGCCAGACAAUCCUCACCUUCUUUGGUGGGUUCCCCAUCUGGACGGCGUUGAAAGCCCGAGGGGAAAAAUUAGAGCAUAAAUUGAACGAGGGUAAAUCGCACUAG